GUGCCGGGUACCGGGAGUUUUCCGGAACCUUCCCUUUCGUUUGAAACCGAGCUUGAAAGAGAACUUGGAACCUGUUACAGUUAUUUUCUUCCUUAUGCACGUGGACCUCACCCUUGUGCUGAAGACGACAAACAGGUACUGAUAUAUUCCAUAUUGCUGAGUCUUCCAGCAGCAAAUGAAGAAUAUGUAUCUGCUCCUCCUUUCCAUUUUAUAUUUGCUUUUGAAAGCCACUGACACCAAAGAGGUUAUAUUUGGUCAUAAUCAUUUCACAGAAUAUCAAGUGGGCAACAUGAACCUGAUUCUCUCUGUCCCACACGGUGGGUCAAUGGAACCCAAAGACAUCCCUGAUCGAGAAGCUGGCUGUUGGGAUGCAAAGACAUCCUCUUGUCUUUUCGCUCAUAAGUGUCUUCCUGGAAGUAUUCAAAAUUAUAAGAAAUGCAAAGUGUCUACCAACCAAGACAGGUACACUAUAGAGGUGGCUCAGGCUCUUGCUGAAGAAAUCAACAAAAUUGCUGAUGGCUACUUUCCACAUAUCAUUAUAAACCACCUACAGAGGUUCAAGAUGGAUGCUAACAGGGAAAAGGAAGAAGCCUCCUUUGGAAUUCCCCAAGCAGAACAGGCCUGGGAGGAGUACAUGGGAUUUUUGACCACUGCAAAAUCGCAGAUGACAGGGGGCCUGAUUCUGGAUAUCCAUGGACAAGCACAUCCUGAACAGUGGAUAGAACUAGGUUACACACUUUCAAAAACUUCCCUUAACUCAGGUGUCUUUUCUGUAUCGUGUUCUUCAAUUAGUCAUCUGGCCAGUCAGCUAGUCAAUGUGUCUUCUGAGGCUUUGGUUACAGGGAACAGAAGUUUGGGUAAAUAUAUUGAAGAACAAAAUAACAGUUAUGUUUGUGUGCCUUCUCCAUCCAAUCCUAGCCCAAAUAAUGGGAGCUAUUAUAGUGGUGGAUACAUAACAAAGACUUUUGGUUCCCGUAGUUCUGGCACCGUUGAUGCCAUUCAGCUUGAACUACCCCAGUGGGUGAGGGCAGCUGAAGAACGUCCCGGAUUUUGUAAAGCACUAGCAAGGGCUGUAAUGAAAUUCUGGCAAGCUAACUACUGCAGCCAGUACAACCAUGAAUUUCUGCCAUGCUGAAAGAGGCUGUCUUGUUAAGAUAGCUUUCCAUAAUACAGUAAUGAUCUGGAACAACAGAACAACUGAUACACCUGGAACAUUUAAGACUACAAUAUAAUUGUGGAUGCUGGUGGAAAGAAACUAACCUGCAAAGGAAUGCAGAGACAUCAACAUAGAGAAAAUCCACAGCUAAUACCAACAAGUCCGUUAACACACAGCUUUGUACUAGAUCCAGCGUUGAAAAGACUGCUUGAAGAUGAGUGGGUAUAUUUGGAAGUAUCACUUGCCUGGUAUGCUUUUCUGUGCUUAAUUUCUUUCCAGUAGUGUCCUUGCGCUUAAUUUCUUUCCAGUAGCAUCCUCUGUCUCUAGCACACAAUAAACAACUAUUC